ACUUCCGUCAACAGACACACGUGGUGCAGUGUGUAGAGCAAUGCAUUGUGGGGCUUCAAGAUGGAGGCACGGCCGCGGUGAGCAGUGGGUGGAGGAGUGUGUGUUAUCAGCACAGAGUCACACACACGUUCACUGGCUGUGUGUGUGUUAGUCUGCAGUGUGUGAGACACUGUUCGGUACUCUCGGUGCGCACACGGGAUGGUUCUUUGUUUCGUUUCGCGGUGCGCGCUCACGGCCGCCGCUGGCGUCCGUGUAUCCUCAGGGGCGCGCUUUGCUCGCCACCUCGCGUCGGUUCGGGGCUACAGCGAGGUCACGAGCCGCGGGCACGGGCCCGUGUGUUACGCGCUGACCCACCGGGCCCUGCUGAAGCUGGAGGGCGCGGACACGAGCGCGUUCCUGCAGGGGAUCAUCACCAACGACGUGACGCUGCUGCACGAGCGCGCGGCUCUCUACGCACAUCUGCUCAACGUGCAGGGACGCACGCUCUAUGACGUCAUCUUGUACAGGCUGAAGGGCUCGGAGGGAGCGGACAGCGUGCUGAUGGAGUGUGACGGCACCUUAAGGGACUCGGUCCUGAAGCACCUGAAGAUGUACCGGAUCCGCAGGAAGGUGUCGGUCAGCUGUUGCCCAGAGCUGAGCGUCUGGGCCGUGUUGUCCCGGUCCCGGUCCCGGUCCUCCACGCCGGACGAGCCGGUCCAGAAGCCCGAGCUGAGCCGGCCGGACCGAGCCGUGGUGUGGGAGGCGGACCCUCGCACGGCGCUUAUGGGCUGGAGGUUAGUCCUGCAGGCCAACCAGGACCCAGUGGAGCUGCUGAAGGGCUCUGAGACGGGAGACACACAGGACUACCACAGACACCGCUACCGCAUCGGACUCCCAGAGGGGGUGGAGGACCUCCCCCCAGGCGUGGCCUUGCCUCUGGAGUCUAACCUGGUGUACUUGAGUGGGAUCAGCUUCAGUAAAGGCUGCUACAUUGGUCAGGAGCUGACGGCGCGGACUCAUCACACCGGGGUGGUGCGGAAACGCCUCAUGCCGGUGCGCCUGUCUCCGGCACCGCCGGAGACGCCGGGUGGCGCCGCGCUGCAGACAGAGGCGGGUAAAGCGGCCGGGAAGCACCGGGCGGGCCUGGGGGACCUGGGCCUCGCCCUGGUCCGCACGGCCCACGCCCAGGAAACACUGACGCUGACGACGAGCGGCGGCGAGGUGGUGACGCUGCAGGCUGCCGUGCCGCCGUGGUGGCCCAAAGACCAGGACGUGUGACGGAAUGACAGACCGUCCGACCAUACUGACACUCCGUGUGUGUGUGUGUGUGUUUGAGUGUGUGUUUGUGUGUUAGUUAAAUAAAGC